AAACCCUGAGCACUAACUACGUAGUUGCGUUCCUGCCAAAUCGCACUAAAUCGCUGUACUGUCAUCGCGCGCGUUUCCGCCACUGUGCUGCCACCCGCCGUUCGCCGCAGCGGAUCUACCAAUCACAGCAGAAGAGCAAGCCAGCCAAUCAGCGUGUUCGCGCAUGGAUCUCCUAGAUGCCGACGCGCUAAGGCGGCUGUACCCCGAGGCCUUCUGGGCGCCGUUCCUCGCGGAGGGCAUGCGACCCGACGGCCGCCCCAUCGGGCAAGCUCGUGGCGUCAGCAUUGGUCUGGGCACUGUAACGAAUGCGGAUGCAUCGGCUCUCGUGAAGCUAGGAGACACAGCGAUGGUAGCGGCGAUUAAGGUGGAGGUGAUGGUGCCCUCAGAGGAUCAACCCACUGCGGGAGCGCUACUGGUGUCGUGCGAUCUGCCGCCCAUCUGCUCGCCCGAGGUGCGGCCUGGUCGCCCCCCUGACAUGGCGCACACCAUCUCGCACCACCUCACCUCCGUGCUCACCAGUACGGCGUGUGUGGAUCUCACCCAUCUCUGCAUCGUGCCGGGGAAGGCAGCAUGGGCCAUCUGGCUGGACAUAGUCUGCAUUGAUGCUGAUGCUGCUCUCUUUGACGCGGCUCUGCUCGCUGCUCUCGCUGCCCUCUCCUCCCUGACCCUCCCCACGGUGGACGUGGUGGCAAACGGCAAGGUCUUCCUGCACGCACAGCAGGACGCCCACGCGGAUGGCGCACACGGCGAGGGGGAUGGGCUGGUGGUGGAGCAGACGGUGGAGGGGAAGAGGCUGGAGCUGCAGGCACUGCCGCUGGCGCAGACAGUGUGCAUGUACGGGGGACACCUGCUGGUGGACCCCACAGCUGAAGAGGAGAGGCUGGGGAGUGGCAGUAACAAUGUGAUUAUAGCGAUGGAUAUGAUGGCACGGGCCAGGGGGGGAGAAGGGCCGGGGAAGGGGAUGGGGGAGGAGGAGAAGGGAGGGGAGGGGAAGGAGCGGCGGAAAGGAGGGAGCGGGAAGGGAGGGGGGAAAGGGGGGGGAGGGGAAGAAGGGGGAGAGGAGCUGGUAUUGGUGUUUAAGGCGGGAGGGUCAGCGAGAUUAACAGGAGCAGGCAUGCAGGACUGCAUAGCAGCAGCAGCAGUGAACCUGCGGGAGAGAAGGACAGCUCUCCUGCGCGCACUGGACGAGGCAGAGAGGGGGGAGGAGGAGGAGGAGGAGGAGGAGGAGGAGGAGGAGGAGGGGGAGGAGGAGGGGGAGGAGGGGGGGGAAGGGGAAGAGGGGGAGGAAAUGGAGAGCUGAGUAGCAUGCGGUAUGUUUAUUGCAUGUCCGUCCAUGCAUGGGUGGGUGCAUAGCUGUAGCCAUGAUACUUAACACACACGUUAGGAUAGGAUCACCUCACCAGUGAAAACACUUCGUCAUUGUUGUGCAGACGUAUGGGACAUAUGGUGCGGAAGGUUUGCUUAGACACAACACGUUCCUGAGGAGCCCUGAACUCUGUGCUGGUCACAGCAGCUCACAUCUUGAGCCGAGUCAGUGUUUUCAUGCUCAACAGCUCCUGGCAUUAUGGCAUAACCAUGCCCUGAAAACUGCCUAGCCUGGCUGGCAUGACCAUAGCUAUGUGCA